AUGUUGAAGUCGCUGAGAUCUGUACACUACCGCGGGUUGCGUCCUCUGGUAAGAGGCAUUUCGUAUACUCCUAAUAAUCCCAACAAUUCGGAUCAGCAUGUUUUCCAGCCCGUGGCUUCGAGGUCCAACAUCUCGCCCAUGAGAAGAACCAUUCCUUGGUUAGUGGCACUUCGUGCUCGUGAAAAACACAUUGAAGAUUGGUAUAAGACUCAUGGCAAAGAUGCCGGUCCUCCUCCAAGUGACACGUCUUAUUCAUACUCAGAUGUUAAGACAAGAGACGUUGUAGACAAGUCACGCAGCGACUCGUUCACAUGUGCUCUGUUACCAUUCAAAAGCGAUCCGUGGUUCAUGGAUGCUUAUAUCAAUUCGUCUGGAAGAUUGAGAAUCGGUCAGAUUUUUCAGGAUUUAGACGCUCUGGCUGGUGUUAUUGCGUAUAGACACUGUUCCCCGGCCGAACCAGUUAUUGUUACUGCGUCUGUCGACCGUAUUUAUAUGCUCAAGAGACUUGACGAUAUCUCCAAAUGUAAUGUCACUUUAUCAGGAAGUGUCACUUGGACAGGUCGUAGUUCUAUGGAAAUCACUAUUAAAGCAGCUACUCAUACUGAGGAUUUUGAGGUGGGCCGUGAUCUGACUGAACAGGAUAUUCGAGACGAUGAAGUGUUUCUGACUGCCAAUUUCACGUUUGUCGCUCGUGAUCCCGAGACCAAGAAAUCGUUCCCUAUUAAUCGUCUUGUACCUCGAACUGAGCAAGAACAAGUGGAUUUCGUCCAUGCUGAGAAGUUUAAUAACCGCAAGAAGCUGGUCGCUUCACAGACCGGACUGAGGUUACAACCUCCUUCUGAAGAAGAGUCUGCUAUCAUCCAUUACAUGUGGACUAAACAGAAAGACUACGAUUCCGACCCAUCGUCGAAACCAUCGAAUGUCGUUAACAUGUCUCAAACCAAAGUGUACUCUACAAGUAUCAUGCAACCUCAGUACAGAAACAGACAUUCAUACAUGAUUUUCGGAGGAUAUCUUCUUCGACAGACCUUUGAACUGGCCUAUGCUUGUGCCUCGUCUUUUGCCCAUGAAGCCCCCAGAUUCGUCUCCCUCGAUUCCACCACUUUCAAGAACCCUGUUCCCGUGGGUUCGGUGUUGUACCUGACAGCCACUGUCGCUUAUACCGAGCAAACCACGCGACUGAUUAAAACUGACGGUCAUGUCAGUGAGCACGUUCCUGGCACACUGAUCCAAGUCCGUGUAGACUCGACUGUCCGCAACCUGGAACAUGGAACCACCACUGACACCGGCCAGUUCACCUACUCGUACUUCGCAGCCACCAAAGAGGGCCAACAACCACCGUCUCUCCUUCCCCAAACCUAUAACGAGAUGAUGGAAUACCUCGAAGGACGUCGCAAAGCCAUUGACACCGCCAAUUUCUACACAGAAAGACGUCUUGGCGAACUCCAAUACGUUGUCUCCGAAUAA